CUGCAAAGCCGCCUCGAUGCUCGUGUAGAUACGAGGGAGAGGGAGGCUGACUACAGCAAACAGGAGGCACGGCGGCAGCACCGGCAGUAGUAACGGGAGCAGCUGGUAUUUGGGUGAUUAAAUAGUUCUCGCAGCCUUUUUGCUGUCGCCUGGUUGCUCCCCGGUGUAACCCCCCGCGUCCAAGAAGGAAGCUGCAUUUUUAACGGUGUGCUGAAGAGAGGUUUGAAUCGUUCCAGCUGGCUGCUUGCUUUAGAAGAGGACACUCUGUGUAUAAACGAGAUGUGACUGUGCCCAGCAGAGUUCAGUCACUGGGGCUGGAGCAAGAGGAACCUUCCCGGGAUGCCGCUCAGACAGCUGCUGUCAAUUGAAAACUCUCCCUAGUUUAACCCGGAGCCAUGUGAAGAGAUUUGAGUAGCAGAUGUCUCUUCCCUGCACAUUAGGAAGAGAAAUCCUUCUCUAGAUAAUGUUAAGAGUCCUCUUCAUUGAUUAUUGGCAGCUGCUACAUUCUGAGAAAACCUCUUUCAAUUUAGCUUUCCGGAUCCUUUGACUUCCCGCUCCAACAGCUUUAUAACCUCCCCGGCAGCUUCAUAAAUGCACUGCAAUGGUCACAUGAACGCCUUGGGAGGGGAAUCGGCACCUCUGCAUUGCCUCAUUCCUAUGGCACUUUAGGAAGAGAGAACCAGGAAAGUGGCAAGUCCAACAGAAGUUGGGAGUCCUGCGAAAGAUGAAUCUAAUCGUGAAGCUCCGCAGAAGUUUCAGAACGCUGGUCAUUCUCCUGGCGACCUUCUGCUUGGCAAGUAUCAUCAUUUCUGCCUAUUACCUCUACACCGGCUCCAAGCAGGAAAUGGCCCUCGUGGAAACCACUGGAGAAGCGGAGUGUGAAGACCUCAAGCUUCUACCAUACAGGUCUGUGGAGCUGAAAACACCUAAGCCGAUUGAUCCAUCCAAAACUGAUCCCACUGUCCUCCUCUUCGUGGAAAGCCAGUACUCGCAGCUGGGGCAAGAUAUUAUAGCCAUCCUCGAGUCCAGCAGAUUUCAGUACCACAUGGUCAUCAUGCCAGCUAAGGGGGAUAUUCCCCCUCUCACAGACAAUGGAAGAGGAAAAUACACAAUUGUUAUAUACGAGAAUAUUUUAAAGUAUGUAUCCAUGGACUCGUGGAAUAGAGAGCUUCUGGAAAAAUACUGUGUGGAAUACAGUGUUAGCAUAAUUGGUUUUCAUAAAGCCAACGAGAACAGCUCCCCAAGUACAAAACUGAAGGGAUUGCCAUUACAUCUUUACAAUAACGUAGCCCUCAAAGACUGCGUGGUAAACCCUCAGUCUCCCCUGCUGCGCAUUACCAAAGCGCCAAGGGUUGAGAAAGGUCCACUGCCUGGUGAAGACUGGACAGUUUUCCAGUUUAACCAUUCCACCUAUCAACCUGUGCUUUUAACUGAACUGCAGACCUCCAGACCGCCCCCCGCAGCACUGCCAAAGGCUGCUCUGUAUGCGACUGUCAUCCAAGACUUGGGGCUUCACGAUGGGAUUCAGAGAGUCCUUUUUGGAAACAACCUGACCUUCUGGUUGCACAAACUGAUCUUCAUUGAUGCCAUCUCUUUCCUGUCGGGGAAGAAGCUCAUGCUGUCCCUGGACAGAUACAUUCUGGUUGACAUAGAUGACAUCUUUGUUGGGAAGGAGGGAACGAGGAUGAACAUCAACGAUGUGAAGGCUUUACUAGAGACUCAAAAUUUACUGCGCACUCAGGUUGCAAAUUUUACCUUCAACCUUGGAUUUUCAGGAAAAUUUUACCACACAGGGACUGAAGAGGAAGAUGAAGGUGAUGACCUGCUGUUGAGAUCUGUGGAUGAGUUUUGGUGGUUCCCCCAUAUGUGGAGUCACAUGCAGCCUCACCUCUUCCACAACGAGUCAUCACUGGUGGAGCAGAUGAUCCUCAACAAAGAAUUUGCAAUAGAGCACGGCAUACCGACUGGGAUGGGGUACGCGGUGGCUCCGCACCACUCAGGGGUCUACCCGGUUCACAUCCAGCUGUACGAGGCCUGGAAGAAGGUCUGGCACAUCCAAGUGACCAGCACAGAAGAAUACCCGCACCUGAAGCCUGCACGGUACAGACGGGGCUUCAUCCACAAUGGCAUCAUGGUGCUCCCUCGACAGACCUGUGGCCUUUUCACUCAUACUAUUUUUUACAAGGAAUAUCCUGGGGGUCCUCAGGAGCUGGACAAAAGUAUCCGAGGAGGUGAACUCUUCCUCACCAUUCUCCUGAAUCCCAUCAGCAUCUUCAUGACCCAUUUGUCUAACUACGGGAACGACCGCCUGGGCUUAUACACCUUUGCGAACCUAGCCAACUUCGUUAAGAGCUCGACUAACCUGAAACUGCAGACGCUGCCCCCAGUUCAGCUGGCUCAGAAGUACUUUGAGCUCUUCCCGGAGCAGACGGACCCUCUUUGGCAGAAUCCGUGUGAUGAUAAACGACACAGGGAUAUUUGGUCCAGAGACAAAACUUGCGACCACCUGCCCAAAUUUCUUGUGAUAGGACCUCAGAAAACAGGAACAACAGCGCUUUAUUUAUUUCUUCUGAUGCAUCCUUCCAUUAUCAGUAAUCUCCCUAGCCCCAAAACUUUUGAAGAAGUUCAGUUCUUCAACGGGAACAACUAUCACAAGGGAAUUGACUGGUACAUGGAUUUCUUCCCCACUCCUUCCAACACCACCACCGACCUCCUCUUCGAGAAAAGUGCCAACUAUUUCCAUUCUGAGCAAGCCCCUAAGCGAGCUGCUUCCCUCAUCCCCAAGGCCAAGAUCAUCACCAUCCUCAUCGACCCAUCGGAUCGAGCGUAUUCCUGGUACCAGCAUCAGCGAUCCCACGAGGACCCCGCUGCCCUGAAAUUCAAUUUUUAUGAAGUCGUUACGUCCAGCCAUUGGGCGCCCUCGGAGAUAAGGGCUCUCCAGAAGAGGUGCCUGACACCUGGGUGGUAUGCUGUCCACAUCGAAAGAUGGUUAACUCACUACCCUGCCUCACAGUUGCUCAUUAUUGAUGGACAGCAGCUAAGAAGCGACCCGGCUACUGUGAUGGACGAAGUGCAGAAGUUUCUUGGAGUCUCUCCUCAUUACAAUUACUCUGAAGCUCUAACGUUUGACCCUCAGAAAGGUUUUUGGUGCCAGUUAUUGGAAGGAGGGAAAACAAAGUGCCUGGGAAAAAGCAAAGGUCGAAAAUACCCACCAAUGGACCAAGAGUCUCGAGCGUUUCUGUCGAGCUACUACAGAGACCACAACGUGGAGUUGUCCAAGCUGCUGCACAGGCUGGGGCAGCCCCUGCCCUCCUGGCUGAGACAGGAGCUGCAGAAGGUCAGGUAGCACGUGAGGGUGGGGACCCCAACGAGGACGAUUUCCUUCACCGUCAAACCCCUCGCUUCUCCGACUCACUUGUGAUCGUCAGUAGAGGACCUCAUGAAUAACGUUCUUUCUAUUAAAAAAAAAAAACAAACAAAAACAAAACCACAACAAAAAACAAACCCACAAAAGAAGAAAAAACCAACCGAACCCGACAACUGUUUAUAUGCACGCGCUGGCAGUUAUUAGCAUCGAGCCCUUUCGUCGGCUUCCAGGAAACAGUACGGAGCUCCGUGGCAUUACUCUUUAUCCAGACCGGGAUUCGUGCAGAGCCUCGUUCCUCCGUUCACCGGGAAGUACCAGAAACUGUGUGUAGGAUGGAUUGACUUCAGUGUACACGAGAAAUUGCAGUCUGUCAGGACACCAGCAAAGGCUGGAACAUCUCUCGCUGGACUGUGAGGGGGAUAUUCAGCACUUUGCAGCCGGGAUCCCUAAUGGUUAUGAUAAAUGUUGUAUUAAUGCACCAUCGUUGCUCUCUCCACAGAAAGAGGUAGGCUAAAUUCUCACCUAACCCUCUUCCCUGCCAUUCCUCCAAUAACUGAUGAUAGCCCGUGCUCUUUUUUCUCUUGUGGGUUCUUUUUUUCUUUUUUCCCUUCACCACAAGGUAUAUCCUGAUUUACUGGAGCUGUGUGGGAUGUGGAGGUGCAAGGCAGUGAGCUGGCCCCCCUCCUAGUUCUCAGUGAAACCCAUGGCCCGUCUUUU